AUGGAUAGACACAACGAUACACACAGCCUUUUUGUCGGCUACGUUUUAUGGAUUUUUGGUUUCCUGGGCGCGCACAGGUUUUAUUUUGGGCGGCCCAUCAGCGGUACCAUUUAUCUGUUUACCCUGGGUUUGCUGGGUAUUGGCUGGCUCAUUGACCUGUUUCUGAUGCCGUCCCUGGAACGGUCAGCCGAUCGGCGUUACGCCGCUGGCGAACUCAGCUACACCAUUGCCUGGGUGCUGCUGACCUUUCUGGGGAUUUUUGGCCUGCAUCGGUUUUAUCAGGGCAAGAUCGGCACCGGUAUUCUCUAUCUGCUGACGCUGGGGUUCUUCUUUAUCGGCAUUAUCUACGAUUGGUGGACACUGAAUGAGCAGAUCUCUGCGGGCAAUCUCGAGCGAGAAGCCCGAGUGGUCAUGGAUAAGAAAGAACAUCGGGGUCCCGCCCCUAUCGGCUUCGAUACGCUGAGUCUGCACGCGGGGCAAACACCGGACGAGACCGGCGCGCGGGCAACACCCAUCUAUCAGACCGCAUCGUUUGUUCUCCCGGAUACUGACUUCGCCGCCGGGCUGUUCAAUAUGGAACGAGCGGGCCACGUCUACUCGAGGCUGUCUAAUCCUACCAAUGCGGUACUUGAAGAACGUAUGGCAGCACUGGAUCAGGGUGUGGGCGCCAUUGUGACGGCCAGUGGUCAGGCAGCUACGCAUCUCGGUGUGUGCACAAUUGUCAGCGCGGGCGAUCAUAUCGUAGCGUCUCGCUCGCUUUAUGGUGGCACGCAUAAUCUAUUCAGCUACACCUUAAAGCGCUUUGGGAUUGAGACCACCUUCGUAGAUCCCCGCGAUCUGGAUGCUUUUGCAGCGGCGAUAAAGCCGAAUACAAAACUGGUGUUUGCAGAAGUCCUGGGUAAUCCGGGCCUUGAAGUGUUGAAUAUUCCAGCCCUGGCGCAGCUCAGCCACGAUCACGGUUUACCGUUAAUGGUCGAUGCGACGCUGACAACACCGUAUUUAUGCCAACCUAUAGCUCUGGGGGCAGACCUUGUCGUACAUUCGGCGACCAAGUUUCUCAGUGGCCAUGGUGUGGUUAUUGGCGGCGUGCUGGUAGACGGCGGCACCUUCAACUGGGCAGGUUCAGAUAAGUUUCCCACAUUGACCGAGCCUUACUCCGGUUUCCACAAUCUUGUUUUCACCGAAGAAUUUGGUCCCCAGGCGUUCAUCACCCGCGCGCGUAAAGAAGGCAUACGUGACUUUGGUGCCUGUAUGAGUCCGAUGAGUGCUUUUCAGAUACUGCAGGGGCUCGAAACCCUGUCCCUGCGCAUGGACAAACAUGUCAGCAAUACCGCGCAGCUGGUUGAGUUUCUUGUCUCACAUCCGCAGGUGCAAAAUGUCAAUUAUCCAGGUCUUGAACAGCAUCCUGACUAUACCCUGGGCCAGCAGCUGAUGCCUCGGGGUACCGGCGCGGUGUUCACGCUUACCCUGCAGGGUGGGCGGCGAGCGGGGCAGCUGUUCAUUGAAUCGCUGGAGUUAUUCUCCCAUCUUGCCAAUGUCGGAGAUGCAAAAUCGCUUGUUAUCCAUCCGGCCAGCACCACGCAUCACCGUGUGGACGCGCAGGCGCUGGCGGCAGCAGGUAUUGGCGAAGGCGCUGCGCACGGUGGAGAAGCGUUUAUGAAGACAGUACUGAAUGGCCACACCGUUGCCUAUGGCACCGGCGGCAGCGUGCUGCAGGCACAACGUGAAACUAUCGUAUUUGUACAUGGUGCGGGUUUUGAUCACGCGGUCUGGACGCCUAUGGCGCGUUACUUUGCGCGUCAUGGUUUAAAUGUCGUUGCACUCGAUCUGCCCGGGCACGGCGGCAGUGAUGGUCCCGCCUGUACAACUAUUGAAGCGAUGUCUGACGUGCUCAGCGCGUUGCUUGAUCACUUGAACGUCACUCAGACCACUAUUGUUGGUCACAGUAUGGGUACCCUCGUGGCGCUCGCGAUGGCCCAGCGUUAUCCGCAGCAGGUGCGGCAGAUGGUGUUGCUGGGUACCUCAAGCCCGAUGCCCGUCGGUCCACCGUUGCUGGCUGCCGCGGCUGAUGGGCAUUAUGCCGCAAUCGAUAUGGCCAACGCCUUCAGCCACAGUCGCCAGGGUAUGUUGGGGGCUUCAGCGAAUCCUGGGAUGCAUAGUUUUAAUGCGGCCGAGCGCUGGAUGGAACAUCUGUCUGCGGGAGUUUUUCAUGCGGAUCUGGCUGCCUGUAACGAUUUCAAGUUUAAAAGUGAAAACUGCGCAAUCCCGACGCUGGUUGUGGUUGGUGAGGCAGAUAAGAUGACGCCGGCAAAAGCAGGUGUGCUGGUGCGGUUGAUGGGGCAGGGCAUGUAUAUGCUGUUUUACUCGCUGGUGGCAGCGGCUGCAUUGACCUAUUUUAUCUGGGUUUACGUUCAGGCGCCCAGGUUUGACUAUCUCUGGAUGCCUGACCCUGACUUGUACUGGUAUGCAAAAUUAAGCAUGCCGCUGGCGAUGAUGUUUUUGGUUGGUGGUUUCAUGGCGCCAAAGAACGCUGACCCCCAACUAAGUGAGGUUGAACUCGUCCGCGGUGUCUUCAGAAUCACCCGCCAUCCCAUGCAGUGGGCCAUCAUCAUCUGGGCGGUGGGCCAUAUUAUUGCCAAUGGGGAUACCGUCUCUCUGCUUUUUUUCAGUGCUUUCCUGUCGCUGAGUUUCUUUGGCACUUUGCUGAUGGAUCGUAAACAGGCUCAGGCGGAUCCGGAGAAGUGGCAGCAACUGGCUCGGGUGUCGUCGAAUAUUCCGUUCGCUGCCCUGUUAACCGGUCGCAACCGCUGGGCGAUCCGGGAGUGGCUGUUGCCUGUUGUGGUUGGCUCUGUGAUUUAUGCGCUCGCCUACUACUUCCAUGAAUUUUAUACCGGGAGCCGCGGCGCUUUCGACCCAUUGGCUGAUGGCCUGGGCCAGCAGAUGAUGCUGGCCGGAGAAAAAAUGAUCCGCGCCGGCAAUCCGGUUGGUUUGAAUGCCAAACGCCUGUUGCAGCCCUUCGGCGUCUACAUAGUCGUCCGCCUCGCCGGCGAUUGCGCUGACGUCUUCUGCUUCAGCGUUGCCAUCAAAACUACCCUCGCUGGCGCCCACACCGCGAAAAUUAAAUCGCAGGGUGGAGAUGUGGUGUUCCUGCAGAACCUGAACGGCGGACAGACUCUGGUGGAUGGCGUUGAUGUCUUUGCAGCACCUGAUCUGGUGCAGGCAAAGAUGGGUUACCUCCCUGAAAGUUCGCCUCUUUAUCCAGAGCUCACUGUGCUUGAGUACCUAUCUUACGCUGCAGAAUUGCGUGGCUUGCAGCCUGCACAUUGUGUGCCGCGGGCCGUUGAGGCCACUCAGCUCGAAAGUCGCGCAAUGGAUCGUAUUGACACACUCAGCCGCGGGUACAAGCAGCGUGUGGGUGUUGCGCAGGCCAUACUGCAUUCACCUAAAUUUGUCAUUCUUGACGAGCCCUCCAACGGACUGGAUCCAACGCAGACGCAACACAUGCGUGAACUCAUCCGUCGCUUGGCCGAGAACGCUACCGUCAUUCUGUCGACCCACAUCAUGCAGGAGGUGAAAGCGGUGUGUGAUCGGGUGCUGAUUCUGCGCGCCGGACAGCUUGCCUUGGAUGAACGGCUGGAUGACCUGCAGCAGGCAUCAGCGGUGCAUCUGAAGACCGAUGUUCAGGCCGAUAUAAAGGCCGCGGUGGGUGGUUUGGCUGUGGCGGCCGAGAUAUUGCCUGAAGCUGCUGGCCACUGGCGGAUCGAGCUGAAAGGUGAUCUUGAUGCGGGUAUCGGUGCCCUUGCCAGCACCCUGGUGCAGGCCGGUGUGCCUAUCUACAGCCUGAUACCCGCAGCCCAGGAUCUGGAGAGUAUUUUCAAGCAGGUCAACGAAGCUAUGCUGGAUGAGGUCUCUGAUAUUCAGCGCAAAGAGCUGAUACUGUUUUUUGUCUCGCCUAUCGGCUAUCUGUUCCUGGCUGCCUUUCUGGCGGUUACCUUGUUUGUGGUGUUCUGGGGGGAAUCCUUUUUUGCGCGCAACAUUGCUGACGUGCGGCCGAUGUUUGAAUGGAUGCCGAUCCUGCUGAUAUUUCUGAGUGCUGCACUGACCAUGCGUAUGUGGAGCGAAGAGCGUCGGUCCGGCACGCUGGAAUUUGUCGCCACUAUGCCCGCGUCUACCUGGUCAUUUGUGCUGGGCAAGUUUCUCGCCUGCUGGAGCCUGCUGGCGAUUGCCCUGUUGUUGACCCUGCCGCUGCCGUUAACGGUCAGUGUGAUAGGCGACCUGGAUUGGGGGCCGGUGUUUGCGGGUUAUCUGGCUGCUAUGUUGUUAGGCGGCGCCUACAUCGCGAUUGGCUUGUAUAUCAGUUCGCGUACUGACAGCCAGAUUGUUGCUUUGAUGCUCGCGAGCUUAGUCAGUGGUCUGUUCUAUCUGGUAGGCAGCCCGGUUAUCACCGAACUGUUUGGCAGCGGUGUCCAGUCCUGGCUCGCCGCCAUUGGUAGUGGUGCCCGUUUUGAAUCGAUCACACGUGGUGUGCUUGAUAUUCGCGACCUGUAUUACUACGCCUGUAUCGCGCUGGUGUUCCUGAGCCUCAAUGUAUUUGCACUCGAGCGAGAGCGGUGGUCCGCUCAGGGUGAUCUCACUCGGCAUCGCAGCUGGCGUAUCGGCACGGCACUGGUGGUUGCAAAUCUUCUGCUUGCAAACGUGUGGCUGCAGAACGUGUCGGCACUGCGUGUAGAUGUGACCGAGGGCAAAAUCUACUCUAUCUCGGAUGCAACCAGAAGUUAUCUUGCGCAGUUGCAGGAGCCGUUGCUGAUACGAGGAUAUUUCAGUGCUAAAACACAUCCGGACCUUGCGCCUCUGGUGCCGCGGCUGCAAGACCUGUUACGAGAGUAUGCUGUGGCUGGCGAUAACCGGGUGCGGGUUGAGUUUGUUGACCCCGCGAUGGAUCCGGAAAUGGAAAACGAAGCCAACAGUAAAUACGGCAUUCGUGCGGUCCCGUUUCAGGUUGCAGAUCGCUAUCAGGCGAGCCUGGUAAAUUCCUAUUUUGAUGUGCUGAUUGCCUAUGGAGAUGAAUUUGAGGUCCUCAAUUUUCAGGAUCUGAUUGAAGUGAAAGUGGCCGGCGAAGGCGAUUUUGAGGUGCAGCUGACCAAUCCUGAGUUUGAUGUUACGCGCGGUAUCAAGAAAGUGUUGUACGGUUUUCAGGGUGGCGCGAGUGUGUUCGACAACAUGGCCGCGCCGGUUAACUUUGUCGGCUACAUAUCGGCAGAGAGCCAGUUACCGCCUGAAUUGCAGAGUCUCAAGAGCAGCCUGGAAAAUGUGCUGGAGACUCUGGCUGCGGAAGCCCAGGGCAAACUGAAAGUUGAAGUGAUUGAUCCUCAGGCCAAUGGAGGGGAAGUGGCUCAACAGAUUGCAGAACAAUAUGGUUUUUCGCCUAUGGCAGCGAGCUUGUUUGACGAAGGCAGAUUCUAUUUCUAUCUGACGCUUAACGACGGUGACACUGUGGUACAGAUGCCUAUACCCGAUGGCGACAGUGAAGAAGCCAUACGACGCAGCCUGCAGGAAGGACUUAAGCGCUUUGCAACAGGGCUGUUGAAGACUGUGGUGCUGGUUGCGCCGGAACCUGUGCCGCCUUACAUGCAGCAGCAGGGCAUGCCGCCGGGCAACGAGUUCAAUUCUCUGCGGGAUUUCCUCUCCGCAGAUUUCAACGUGCUGACAAACGACUUGAGUGAUGGGGUGGUGCCUGCACAGGCAGAUAUGGUCAUUGUCGUAGACCCGAGCAGCUUCACCGAUAAGCAGGUAUUUGCACUGGAUCAGUUUCUGAUGAAAGGCGGUACGGUAUUGGUCGCAACGGCCGCCUAUGCCGCGCAACCCAGUCAGAGUGGUCUGUUUGCGUCCGAACGUGAUAGUGGACUGCAGAACUGGUUGGCACACCAUGGUGUUACCGUGGGUCAGAAUCUCGUCAUGGAUAGGCAGAAUUCCGCAUUUCCGGUGCCGGUUACCAGGCAGGCGGGCGGUUUCAGCUUCCAGGAUCUGGUGAUGCUCGACUAUCCCUAUUUUAUUGACGUGCGAGACGAGGGUCUGGAUGACACAGUGCCGAUUAAUGCGGGUCUGCCUCAAGUCACGCUCUCAUGGGCAUCACCUCUGAGCCUUAACCCGGCAGAAAAUAUUGUGGCGACCACCUUGUUAAGGUCCAGCAGUGCCAGCUGGUUGUCUAAUGACACAAACGUCAUGCCGCAGAUCGAUGAGCAGGGUAAUUCCACAUUCACACCGGCUGCGGAGCAGACGGCUUAUACCCUUGCAGCAGCUCUGCAGGGGCGCUUUGAAAGUUUUUAUUCAGGGCAGACUUCACCGCUACUUGUAUCAGCAGCGGAAGAUCAGGGUAGCGAUGCGGAAACGUCUGCUGAUGGCGCUUCUGAGGGUGCAGAAGACGAAAGCAAUCUGGGCAUCGUCAGCAGUGUCAUAGAGCGUUCGCCUGAGUCAGCGCGACUGCUGGUGUUCGCUUCAAACGAUUUUGUUGCCGAUCAGACCCUGCGUAUGGUCGGUGCUGCUGAUGGCACGAUCUACGGCAACUCAAUACAAAUGGUUGCGAACGCGGUGGAUUGGUCCCUCGAAGAUCAGAACCUCAUCGGUAUUCGUGCCAGAGGAAACUUCAACCGCACACUGCCGGGUAUGGAUGUGGCGACGCAAAGUCUGGUCGAGAUCGCAAACUAUGUGAUGGCCCUGGUUGGGGUUCUGUUUGUCUGGUUUGCAUUCCGCCUUCGUUCUCAGGAUGCGCUGUUGUCCUUUGGGGUUAACCAGGUUACGGGCAUCAACCUCAGUGAUGGUGACACAGAGGUGUCCCUGACGCGUGUUGACGAUGGCUGGCAGGUGGGUGGUUAUCCGGCGGAUACGGCCAAGGUGGCUGCCAUGCUGGAAAAACUCGCCGGGCUUAAAGGGCAAUGGCCUGUGGCAACUACACCCGCCAGCGCGGUUCGCUUCGAAGUAGCGCAGGACAAUUUUCAACGCCGCGUGGUGUUAAAAGGCGCAGACAAAGUGCCGACAUUGUUGCUUGGUACCUCGCCGGGGUUUCAGAAGGUGCAUGGGCGGCGGGCAGACAGCGAUGCGAUUUACAGCAUCGGCUUAUCGAAUUUUGAAUUGCCGGUCAAUGUUGACGGCUGGUUGGAUAAAAAAAUGUUUGCCCUGGCGGCGGCUCCAACGUCGAUUACAUUGAACCCUGCUGAUCCGAGCCAGCCGCCAGAAAGUCUCUUGUACGGUGAGGAGGGGUGGCUCUACAACGGCGUCGCCGCGGAUCAGAACACAGCAACAACCUACGCAAAUCGAUUUACUACGCUGCAAAUUGUGGGUGUUGUAGAAGAGGCACCGGAAGGCCUGGUAGAGCAGGCGAGCAUUGAUUUGCGGAAUGAUAUGGAACAAAAGCAGGUUACAAUCUCACGCCUGGGCGAGAGUGAUGACUACUAUAUUGCAGUGCAGGGUGAGCCAGCUUAUUUCAGUCUGGCUACUUAUAUUGCCGAACAGCUGUUGAUGGCUGAUGUAGAUUUUUCUGCCGCUGAUAUUAACGAAGAGGCUGAAAGUCUGCAGGGGGAAGGUUCAGUUCACUGGCCAACGGGCAGUCAGUUUUCCGCAGCGGCUCGAACCGCGGCAACGGACCCCACGGUUUGGGUGCCGGUGCUUACCGCAGGUGUCAUGCUUGCUGCGGAUGUGGAUGAUAAGUGGUCAGAAGAUCUUGCUGAAGAUCAGCCGCUGUUUGGCGACGAUGCGGAAAAAAUCAGCAGCACGCUGCGUGAUGUAGCCAGUGGUGCCUACGUGCUCACCGCAUUGAUUGCACCCAGUCCUACGCUGCAGGAUAAGUUUAACGGCGUCAGUGUCGGUCUUGCGACAGCGGCGCUCGAUGGCGCUGUUUCAUAUGGCCUGACAUGCUUCCAAGGCGGCCUCCCGUACAAAUAUGGCGCGUCGUAA